AUGUCUUCUUCACAAAAUGGCACCGCUAAUGGUGUCAAUGGCGAUACCCAGUCGGUUCCCGUCAGCACUCGAUUUAGCGACAUCCCCUCCGCCAUCGACAUUCCUAUUCCUAGCGGCGAGGCCGAUGAAGCUGUCGAAAUCAACCUCGAGGACCUCGUCGACGAACCCGCCGAUCUUUGUACACUCUUAGAAAACGAAAACGCCGCAAAGACCUACUGGAUGACCGUCGCCUUAGCCUAUGCUAAACAACACAAGGUCGACCAUGCCAUCGAGAUGCUCCAGCGAGGCGGCAACGAGAUCCAGAAAAACAGUGCCAACCCGCGCGAUAGAGUCAGCAUGGUCUGUUGUUUAUGCUGGAUGUAUUUGUGGAAGAGUAGAGAGGCGCCUCGUGUUGCCCCUGAGGGCAUAUCUGCCUCCGAUGCCAAGACGAAAGAAUAUUAUCUUCAACUCGCGACAUCUUCUCUCAACGACGCUGCACGGUUGAACCCAUCAUUCCCGCCCAUUUUCCUCGCUCGUGGUGUCCUGCUGCUUCUGCGAGCUUCCCUACAAGCACCAUCCAAGACCGCGGGAGGUAUUGGAUCUGAGAAGCACGAGCUUCUGAAGACGGCUGUCAAGUCAUUCGAUGAUGCUCUGCGUGUGUCUCAAGGCAAAAACAUGUUGGCACUCAUGGGAAAAGCUCGGGCUCUGUUCUCGAUGCACAAAUAUCCCGAGUCGCUGGCGAUAUACCAAGACGUCCUUCAGAAGAUGCCGGACUUGGUUGACCCAGACCCUCGAAUCGGUAUUGGUUGCUGUUUCUGGCAGCUCGGUUUCAAAGACGAUGCUAAGAUGGCCUGGGAAAGGUGUCUUGAGAUCAACCCCAACUCUAAGGUUGCCAACAUUCUGCUCGGACUUUACUAUUUGGACGCCAGCGGCCAUGUGCCAGUAAACAGCGACGAAUUCCUCAAGCUUUACAAGAAAGCAAUGACGGAGUACGCACAAAAAUCCUUCAAGUUGGACAAAGAUGUUCCACUUACCUGCUCUACCUUUUCUGGGUACUUUCUGUCUAGAAAGGCAUGGGAUAAUGCCGAUAAGCUGGCGCACAAGGCUAUCCAGUACACGGACGUCAAUGCUAUUGCCAGUGAUGGUUGGUAUCUGCUUGCAAGAAAGGAGCACUACACUGGAGAUAUCGAACGGGCAGCUGAUUACUACCGACGUGCCGAUGAAGCUCGAGGUGGAACCGAGACCGGUUACCUUCCUGCUAAGUUUGGUGUUGCUCAGUUGUCCGUCAUGAAGAAUGACCUUGGAGAAGCCAAACUUCGCCUCGAGAAGAUGAUUCAGCAAUCCAAGACCCACGAGGCCAUGAUUCUCCUCGGUACACUGUACGCCGAGGAAGUCUUUGCCAACCAGGUCAGUGAUAGUAAAGAGGACAAGUCGGCUGAGCUCAAGAAAGCCAUCACACUACUCGAAGGCGUUCGAAAUGCCUGGAAAGACCCCAAGAGAGCAUUGUCCGCAGAUGCGUCGGUGCUCCUCAACCUAGCUCGUCUCUAUGAGACAGAUCAGCCUGACAAGGCUCUGCAAUGCCUACAGCAAGUAGAACAACUGGAGCUGGACCAGAUCCCUGACUCAGAACGACCAGAGGAUGUCACUGACGCGGCUGAGAUCAAGGCUGCACUCCGAAAGUCUUUGCCACCCCAAUUACUAAACAACAUAGGUUGCUUCCACUCACAAGCUGAAAAACAUGAGCUUGCCAGUGACAUGUUUGAGGCUGCACUAAGCGCUUGCAUAAAGAUUGGCGAGAAGGACCCUGAUAUGGAUACGGAUGCCUUGGUAUCGACAAUCAGCUUUAACCUGGCACGAAGCUACGAGUCGAGAGGGUUGACAGACAAGGCUAUUGAGGUGUACGAGGGACUCUUGGCUCGGCAUGAUGAUUACACAGAUGCUCGUGCCAGACUUGCCUACAUAAAGCUGAGGAAGAAUCCAAACAAGGAGGGACCUGAUGCCGUUGCCAAGUUGUACCAGGAGAACAACACCGACCUCGAGGUCCGCGCCCUGUACGGCUGGUACCUGGGCAAGGUUCACUCGAGAAAACGCCCCGCCAACCUUAACGAGGACGCUGAGUUCCGCCACUACAAACACACAUUGCAAAACUACGAUAAGCACGACAGGCAUGCUUUAGUCGGUAUGGGUAACUUGUAUCUUAUGCAAGCGCGAGAAAUGCGUCGCGAAUCAGAUUCCGACAAGCAAAAGCGAAGCGCCAUAUAUGGCAAGGCUGUAGAGUUCUUUGAAAAGGCCCUUUCACUGGACCCAAAGAACGCCUAUGCAGCCCAAGGUAUUGCCAUUGCUCUUGUAGAAGACAAAAAGGACCACAAGUCGGCGUUGAGCAUCUUCAACAAGGUUCGAGAGACUGUGAGAGACUCUCACCUCUAUGUCAACCUGGGACAUAUCUAUGCCGAGCUCCGGCAAUAUUCAAAGGCUAUUGAGCACUAUGAAAUUGCUCUCUCCAAAGACGGCAAGAAAGAUGACCCGACAAUUCUUGCUUGCUUGGGUAGAACAUGGUUGAACCGUGGCCGAGCCGAGCGUGACGUCGACGCAUAUAACAAGGCACUCGAGUGUGCUCAGAAGGCUCUUGAGGUUGCUCCCGAGCAGGUGCACUACAAGUUCAACGUUGCUUUUGUUCAAAUUCAGCUUGUUACAUUGGUUCAAGGAUUGCCGGAGAACAAGCGAUCAACAGAACAGCUUGAGAAGGCAGCCGAGGGCCUCGAGUCUGCCAUCACAUCGUUGGAUGAGAUUGCAGCUCACCCUCAAACUCCUUACCCCAAGAAUGACGUAGAGCAGCGUGCUAACAUGGCACGUAACACCUUACGUAACCAGCUUCAGCGUGCCAUUGGCAAGCAGAAAGAGUGGGAGGAGAAGAACAAGGAGAAGAUACAGGCAGCCAAGGAACUAAGAGAGGCAGAGGUUCGACGUCGUGAGGAUGAGCGCCAAAAGAUCUUGGAACAAGAACGAGAGCGGCAAGACAAGAUCAAGAAAGAACGUGACGAGAUUGCCAAGAAGGAUCGAGCCUUGGCUGCUCAACGAGCCGAGGAAGAGCAAGCCCGCAUCGAAGCCGAGAUGACGACCGACAGCGAGACUGGGGACAAGGUGAAGCGAAAGCGCAAGACUGCUCCACGGGCUUCAGGAGAGCCCAAACCGAAACGGUCCGGAGGAAAGAAAAAGAAGAAGAGCGAGCACCAGGACGACGAGUCUGAAGAAGAGGAGGAGCGGACCAAAAAGCGCCGUCGUCUCACAAAGAAGGAGUCCGCUAAGUUCAAAUCAGCCGAGAUUGUCGUCGAUAGCGAUGAGGAAAAUAACGACGACGAUGACGAACUCGAGCGUGCCGAGAGAAACAUCGAUAGAGAAGAGACUCCUCUCUCAGAGGCCGAUGAAAAGGCCGUCGAGGAUGACAAAAUGGAUGUCGAUGGCGGAGCUGAGCAAGGGGGCGACGACGAUGAGGAGAUCGCCCCACGCCAACAGAAUAAGCGAGCUCGUCGUGGACGUGUCGUCGAUAGUGACGAGGAGGAUAAUGAUGAGGAGGAGGCGCCCACUCAAGCCAAGACCACAUCUAACGAUGAUGACGACGAGCCUCGCCCUGCAGCGGAUACCAGCAUGGCAGACGCGGCUGACGAGGAAGAGUAA